UAUGACAUCCUUGCCUCUUCUCGCAUAAUUCAUCAUCCACGUUCAAAGUCUUCACUCCACUUCCCAACCCAAACCCCAUGAAAACCCACAAAUUUUCUUGAAAAAAAACUCAACUUUCCCACAAAAAUGACAACAUCAUCUUCAUUCUCCCUCUCAUUCUCCUCUUCUCUGCUCCCCCAGCCCAAACCCAUCAAGCCCAAGGCUCAUUCACUCCACCCCAGCAGGGCCAGAUGCCCCCCCAUCAGCUGUGCAUUCACAGCCCCCUCUGAAACCAAGAAAAAAAGACACUGGAAACAAGGAGAGUAUCCUGGUUUUUCUGAAUCUUCAGGCCCAUCAAGAAGUGUUGAUAAAAAGAAAACCCCAAUUAAGAAUAUCAAGAAAAAGAUUGAUAAGAAGAAGGAAGCUAAGGCUUGGGCUAAUACUGUCACUGAGGCCUUGUCUGAUUGUAUUGACAAGAAACAAUGGCUGCAAGCCCUUGAGGUGUUUGAGAUGCUCAAGGAACAGCCAUUUUAUCAGCCGAAAGAAGGGACUUAUAUGAGGUUGAUUGUUCUUAUGGGAAAAAACAGGCAACCCGAAUUGGCCCGGAAGCUUUUUGAUGGAAUGAUUGAUGAGGGAUUGGAGCCUACUGCAGAACUUUAUACAGCAUUGCUUGGUGCUUAUUGUCGAAGCAACGAUAUUGAUGAGGCUAUGUUGAUUCUUGAGCAAAUGAAGACGCUUCCUCUUUGCCAGCCGGAUGUGUUUACGUUCAGUAUUUUGAUUAAGGCGUGUAUAGACGCUACUCGUUUUGACCUAGUAGAGUCUCUUUAUGAGCAAAUGGCUGAACGUGAGAUAAGUCCGAAUACUGUCACCCAAAAUACUGUUUUGAGCGGCUAUGGAAAGGCUGGGAGAUUUGAUCAGAUGGAGAAAGUUCUGUUGGGGAUGCUUGAGAGCACCACGUGUAGACCUGAUGUUUGGACAAUGAACACUAUUAUAAGUGUGUUUGGUAACAUGGGUGAUAUUGAGAUGAUGGAGAGAUGGUAUGAGAAGUUCCGGAAUUUCGGGAUUGAGCCAGAAACUCGUACUUUUAAUAUACUGAUUGGUGCUUAUGGAAAGAAAAGGAUGUAUGAUAAAAUGUCGACAGUGAUGGAGUACAUGCGUAAGCUUUCAUUUCCAUGGACAACAUCAACUUACAACAAUGUGAUUGAGGCGUUCUCCGAUGCAGGUGACGCAAAGAACAUGGAAUAUACAUUUGAUCAGAUGCGUUCAGAAGGUAUGAAGGCAGACACAAAGACAUUCUGCUGUCUCAUUAGAGGGUUUGCCAAUGCAGGCAUCUUUCACAAGGUGAUCAGUAGCGUUCAGCUGGCUGGAAAACUGGAGAUACCCGAGAACACGUCAUUCUUCAAUGCAGUUAUUUAUGCUUGCGCCAAGGCAGAUGAUUUGAUGGAGAUGGAGAGGGUUUUCAAGAGAAUGAAAGAUAAAGAAUGUAAGCCAGACUCUACGACUUACACUUUGAUGAUGGAAGCAUAUAGAAAGGAAGGCAUGACUGAUAAGGCUUAUGAUCUGGAGUUAGAGAAACAGAUUUUGGAUGGUAGUAAUUCAAAAGAAGAUGAACAGAUUGAGGUUAGUGAUGAAUCUAUGUAGAACCAUGGUCCAGUACAACCUUAGCGCGGGUAUGCAAGUUAACUUAUAUAGGAUCUUUUUAUAUAGAGUGUAAUCCCAGUUCUUUUUCUUUUAGGAUCAGUCUGAAAUAUCUUUAGAUUGCAUAUCGAAACAUGUGUUAACUAUAAAGAAUUUGGUGACUUGUUCUAUUGAAAAAUUCAAUACAAAUAUGCAAUUAUGCAAGCUUGCCUAUGGA